GCGGUUUGUGGCCGGCUUCCCCUCUUGAUCGACAGUCGCUCAUGCAGCAUGACCGGGCUCGCUGAAAGACCGACCCGGUCUGAGAGGCCUUAAGUACGCGACGGCGACUCCUCGUCUCAAAGCCCCUCUCUUUUCCUGCCCCUCGGUAGAAACGCGAAAGAAACCCGAUCGCCAUGGCUCCCUCUACGUACACCAGAGUCACCCUCCAGGAGCGGCCUCCGGAGGAAAUCACCCCGACAACCUUCAAGCAGGAGACUGUGCCAUUCGAUCUGAAGCCAGGCCGGGGUCAAAUCCUCGUCAAGAUCCUCUACCUCUCUUUGGACCCCGCCCUGCGUGGAUUUAUCAAGGACCAGCGUAGUUACAUGCGCCCCGUGCAGAUCGGGGAGGUCAUGCGCGGGCAUGCGUUUGGAGAAGUUAUCGAGGCGGGUCCCGGCAGCAAGUACAAAGUCGGGGAUAUCGUGGAGGGGGGUUUCGGCUGGACGGAGUACGGCGUGUUCGACGACAAGGUCGCGGAAAAGAUCGAGCACCAGCCGGGAUUGGAUAUCCUCGACUUUUUGGGCCCCCUUGGUACGACAGGUCUGACCGCGUACUUUGGGCUCCUCGACGUUGGCAAGAUCAAGGCUGGCGAGACGCUCGUUGUCUCGGGUGCGGCGGGUGCGACAGGGUCUAUCGUGUGCCAGAUCGGGAAGAAGAAGGGUGCCAAGGUCGUUGCGAUUGCCGGAUCCGUGGAGAAGUGCCAAUGGCUCGAGAAGGACCUCGGGGUCGACAAGGCCCUCAAUUACAAAAGCCCGUCGUUUUAUGAUGACUUCAAGAAGGAAGUCGGGUACCUCGACGUCUUCUUUGAUAACGUCGGCGGCGAUAUCCUGAACUUUGCACUCACGCGCCUCAACCAGAAGGCGAGAAUCGUGCUCUGCGGUGCUAUCUCUGACUACAACAAGGCAAAGCCAAAGGGCCUUUCGUCUUAUCUGAACCUGAUCUCACAACGUGCGAGAAUUGAGGGUUUCAUAAUCCUUGAUUAUGCGCCUCGCUACGCCGAAGCGAGGAAAGAAAUCGCGGAAUGGCUGAAGGAAGGCAGCCUCAAGCGCCGCUUCCACGUCGUCCAGGGCCUGCAGAACGCCGCCCAAGCAAUGAACCUGCUCUUCACCGGCGGAAACACUGGCAAGCUGGUCGUCCAAGUAUCUCAGACGGCGGCGAAACUGUAACGUGAUGUGCAUAGAAUAUGUGACGAGCCACCUGUUCUACCUAUCCCGACGCUGUGCUGGCAGGACGUAAGGCAGGAUAAUGCAGCCUAUAAACCAAUGCUUUCA